AUGGUCUCGAUCCAGAGGCUUGAUAAACUUAUCGGUGAAACCGAGCGUGAACUGGACCCACUGUGCCCAUGGGACCGCGACCCAGGAUACGACGAAGCGCCCAAAGACCCCUUCGGACCUUCGAACCCAAAUUUUUGGUACUGGAAAGGGACCAAGAAGUACAUGUACCUGCGCCGGGAUUACGCUUACGAGUUGAUAAAACUCAACACCAAAACAGCGAUCGACCGAGCGUUGGAUGAUACAUGGUCUCUUCUACGAAUGGAUCCCGAGGAUCAUCUGGGGAUGCGCUGUAUCAUGCCCUCACUCUUCCUACGCUUAAAACGCGACCGAGAAUGCUACGACUUCUGCAAGUGGUGGGUUACCGAAAGUCAUGACAGCGACUGGGACUGGCAGUCCGAAGAUACACCCCUGACUUUUGAAGACGCGUUUGAAUCGGCUGAUGUCUUUGAGCGGAUUAGAGAUUACGGCUCAGAUCCUCCUACCUUCUCUGAUCUGUCGUUCCUCCUUGCUAUCCUAUUACUCAAGAUACGCAUGCUUUCCGAUGUCAAGUUCCUGCAGCACUAUAGAGGCCAUGACUUCGCGCGAUACAGCCGCAGUACCAUCGUGCUCACGGACCUCUGGAAGUAUGACCGCGAAGGAGAAGAGUAUUUACCGUUCAUUAAAGAGCUGGAGAACCAGGUCAGGCGGCUAUACCGCGCCGUUGGUAGAGCCAACAGAUAUUUCUGGCCUGCAUUUAUCGCGCCAUGGGCUCACCUUUCCGCAACCCCCUUAUCUUUUACGCUGGGCGAUGAAGCGGAGAUGCAGAUCAAGUUGCAGGAGUGCUUCAAUGCUUGGAUGGAGACACUCGGAGCUACUGGACCGAUCCGUGAUCUGAUGGAAGGUAACGAUAAGCAUUGGUACUCCAUGAGCGGAGUCUGA